GCUCCCCACCCUCCGCCGUCCUCGGGUCUGCGCCUGCGCACUCGUGCAUCAGCCUUCCAGCGGCCAGACAGGACGCAGGUUGGAACCGCGUCUCCGGCCGGGACGGGACUCUCACAUGACUCCACUGGUCUCCGCACCCUCGGAGGGGGGCGGCCUGCACUCGCACUCCAGCUGAAGCGGACGCAACAAUGGAGGCGGCUGUGGGGUCGGACCGUGGCGCCCGGCAGGACGUCCUCUCUCCAGAUCCAGCGCCACAGCUGGGGCCGGAGCUGGAGCCCAGGAGCGGCCCGCAGCGACACCACCGAGGUGACGAGGAGAGCGACGCCACCGAGUCGGCGGACAGCGACAACGACACGGACGCGGCCUCGCACGCCUGGGAGCUGCGCCGCUCGUCUUCGUCGUCGGCUCACAGCGGCGAGGAGUCUGACGGCGAGGCGCUGGAGCGCCGGCGCUUCAUGAAGGCCUACGUGGAGAAAGUCUUCCACACCAAGGACGACUUCCACCAGGAGGAGCAGGCUCGCUUCGGGGAGCUGUGCAGCGGAGACAACGGCAAAGGUCGCGAGUGGUUCGCCAAGUACGUCAGCGCCCAGCGCUGCCACUCCAAGUGUGUGAGCGAGGCCACCUUCUACAGGCUGGUCCAGUCCUUUGCUGUGGUGCUGUUUGAGUGCUACCAGGUGGACGACUACAGUCCGGCCAAGAACCUGAUGACCAUGUGCUUCACCUACUACUACAUGGGGAAGUGUCCGUCAUCUCCGUCGGAGCUGCUGUACCGAGGUGGGCCUCCAGCUGGACUGGACUCGUACCUCGACAAGGCCAACUCCUGGCUGUCGGGAAAGAAGGACGCCGCCGAGCGGCUGCUGAAGAACACGUCCAGGAACGACGUGAAGGGCUUCUUUGGAGGCCUGGAGAGCCGACUGAGGAGCGGCGGGACUCUGAGGAGCGGAGACCCAGAGACCACAGCCAGGCCUCCAGGUCACCACUGUCCUCCAGCAGGGGGCGCUCCAGAGCCGGCCAGCAGGGAGAAGGUCUACCUGUACACGCACCUGAAGCAGCAGCCCAUCUGGCACACGCUGAGGUUCUGGAACGCCGCCUUCUUCGACGCCGUGCACUGCGAGCGGACCAAGAGGUCCCCGACGACCAGAGGAGAGCAGGACCAGAGGGAGAAGUGGUGUCACAUGACCCAGGAGGAGAGAGACGACAGCUCCAAGAUCGACGAGAACAUCGCCUUCGGGCAGCUGGGGACGUUCACCCACAACAUGCUGGCGUUUGGCCUCAGCAGGAAACUCUGCCACGACUUCCUGAAGAAGCAGGCCGUGAUCGGGAACCUGAACGAAGAGCAGUACAUGCUGCUGUGUGAGCACAUCGACAAGAUGGCGCCAGAGUGACCUCCCCGCGCUGACCUCCCGGUGUGGCCAGCGGCUCUGCACUGAAGACCCUCCUCCUGGACUCCUGCUGAACUGACUCUCGUGGUCUUCCUGCUCCUGACUUUGUGCCGAGCAUGACUCCAGAUGAAGACAAGCGUCCGUGUUCCCGGGCUCCGCCCCUCUGACUGAAGUCUGUGUCGUCUCCUCGUCUGGAAGCUUCCGGCGCUUCGACAUGUCAAUCAAGUUGUGCUGUAAAUAGUGUACAGACUCAGCUGCUGUUGUUUCUCAUAAACAUGUCUGCGUGUGACCCGGUGGCUGCUGCUGACUGUGGCUCUCCAGACGUUCUCCUGCCAGAGUGGCGGGGGGGAGAGGCUGGGGGAAGGGCGAUGGGGCCUCUGAGGGCCGAGCUGCGCUGUGAUUGGCUACUGAGCAAGGCGUCGCACGCUGGCGUGGAACCAUCAACGCUCUGUUCUCACCUGCGGAGGUGGGGUCGCUGGGUCGUGUGGUUCGUCCUCCCACGAGCUCGACGUCCGUCACGGAGCCGUCGUGUUUCCAGACGGUCCGGAACCAAACGCUGCUGGCGUCCAAGCGAUGACGCGUUCACUGACCCUCCAACAGCUUCAAGAACUUCCAUUUGUCUGUGAGCAGCUGCCAGAAGUAAAUAGGAGCCUCUUUCUGCGUGCGUGUGCGCGUGUUGUCAGGAGGAGGCUCCGGCGCUGCUGCACGUCCUCGUGGAUGAAGUGACUUUGUCCGGGUGGUCUGGACUGGUCAUCCGUCCACACACACAUAUUUAUUUACCGGCAGUAAAAAUAAAUCUGAGAUGCUGCGAGGCUUCAGUGAGCACGUCCAGCUCUGGCUCCAAAUAUUUUGAUUUCAACUUCUGAGUUUGGGAUGAAAAGGACAUGCUGGUGAACUCGGCUCGGCUGUUGAUAUUGCGAUAAAUAUUUCCUUCUUGGCGUGCAGCGACGUGUCUGGACUCACAGUUGGGACCUUCAGAACCAGAGUCCAGGCUCGCCUCCAUCUUCCCCCGGACGUUCCCCCGUCAGGGCUCAGGACCAUCCCCAGCUGGGCACCUGAGCUCCGCCCCCUCUUCUCGGUGAGGCG